AUGCUCCACAGGCACCUCCCUGCUGCCCAGCUCGAGCUCGCUCUCGACCCAGCCGCACCGACGCCAGCCUUUCCCGGCCUCGUGUCGUCCAUUCGGCCCCUCAAGCGCAUCGCCAUCCAGCUCGCAGACGAGCACUCCCUCUUGAGCAGGUUCACCUACAAGCACAAGAACCAGCACAAGGGCACCGGCUGGUGGCGCCGCGUCGUCCACGUCGACCGCGCAGCCGCUCGUGCCCUCGCCGAACUCGACGCCUGGCUCGCUCCCUUCACCUCGAGUACGGGCAAGGACGAGGUCGGGUCACUCACGCGCGAGGUCGUCUGCGCUGCGCUCCUCCGCCUCCCGAGGGUCAUGCUCAUGGUCGAAAAGAACCUCGAGGUCCUCCUCAAUACGGCGAGCACCCUCGACCAGCUCGUCGACUCGCGCGCGUUCCUCGCCCUCGCCGUCGUCAUCGUCGCCCUGACGGCGAGGCUACACGCCCUCUUUGCCGCCCUCCUCGACGAGUGCACCCGCACCGCCGCGACCCUCCUCCGGCUCAUCGAGAACAACCAGCUCCUGCCCGUCGUGUCGCCCAAGAUCAAGGCCCUGCCGCGCACCCUGCGCCGCUUCCUCAGCCUCGACCAGCCCGCCUCGGCGGGUCCUUCCUCCCUCGCGCCCUCACUCUCUGCGACCCCGCACGCCGCCUCGCCCGCACCGGCGCCCCUAAACGGGCUUGACGACAUCGGCGCCGCUGUCGAGCGCCGAGCGCCGGGCGCCAAACCCGCUGCACCUCGACGAGUACCUCCAGGCCCGCCGUCCUCGGCGCCGGCAGCGCCCCGCGAGUCGCCCGCUCCUGCGCUCGCGCGUCCGGACGAGCCGUCGAGCCGUUCGCGCGAGGCGAGCCCGUCAGAGCCUGUCGCACCGCCGCUCAAGAAGAAGAAGAAGAAGGCCAGGCCCGCCGGCGCCGACCUCGACCGCGUUCCUCCACCCGCCGCCACCGCCGCCGCGCCCUCUCCCUCGCCCCUCUUCCCCUUCCCACUCGACGACGCCCGCCCGCCACCUCCAGCGGCUCGACCGCCCGAGCGCGCUCAGCCGCUCAAGCGUGUACGGUCGGGCGAGGCGGUGGCGCCGGCCCGAGGCUCGAGCGGCGAGGUCGCGGUCGUCAAGAAGAAGAAGAAGGUCAAGCGGAAGGGAGGGGACGAGAUUGACGACAUCUUCGGUUGA